CUUGUGUUCAGUCAGUCAGACAUGGCGCCGCCAGUUUGCACGCUCUGUCUUUUACUUCUACAUGCAGUGUUUAUAUGCCUGAUCCAGCAAGGUUCAUCAUCACGUGAGUGUCACUGCACAAGCGGAUGUGACGUCAACUUCCGGUGCACUGGCGGCUGUCUCCAGGGCUGGUCAGGCCCCACGUGUCAGAUCCGGAACCUAGCUCUGAACAAACCAACACAACAAAGCAGCACUGUCAAUGACUGUCAGUGGGCGAGUACAGCCGCCCAGAAAGACGUGUGUGGGAACAAGACUUCCUCCCUGGCUGUGGACGGUGUGACCAGCAGCAGGUACUGGUCAGGGAAAUGCACACACACCGCGACAAACCGGACAUCUGCCUGGUGGACAGUGGACCUGGGAGAGACACACCUCAUCACCAAUCUCACAAUAUUCUUUUCAAAUCCAAUCGAGCACAAACGAAUGAGAGGUUUCUUGGUCGAUGUAGACGACCACCUCUGCCAUCAACACAGCCAGUCCCACCUUCCCCGCUCCCCUGUCAGCAUCAGCUGUGACACCCCUACACGUGGACAACGUGUCACUGUUCGUCUGCCAACACUGGCUGGCUCGGAGUACAUUCUCAAUCUGUGUGAAGUGGAAAUAUAUGAGUGUGUUGACGGGAGUUUCGGGUCUGGCUGUAGUUCCUGGUGUUCCUGUAGGAACACAUCUGAGGUGUGUGACAAAGCCACUGGACACUGUGAGAGUGGGUGUGCUGACGGGAGUUUCGGGCCUGACUGUAGUUCCUGGUGUUCCUGUAGGAACACAUCUGAGGUGUGUGACAAAGCCACUGGACACUGUGAGAGUGGGUGUACUGACGGGAGUUUCGGACCUGGCUGUAGUUCCUGGUGUUCCUGUAGGAACAAAUCUGAGGUGUGUGACAAAGCCACUGGACACUGUGAGAGUGGGUGUGCUGACGGGAGUUUCGGACCUGGCUGUAGUUCCUGGUGUUUCUGUAGGAACACAUCUGAGGUGUGUGACAAAGCCACUGGACACUGUGAUAGUGGGUGCCGUGAUGGAUAUGCUGGGACUGGAUGUCAGGAAACUUGUGCCCCGGGACGCUAUGGCCAGACAUGCAUGGAGACGUGUGGACAUUGUGAUGGAGGUGAUCAGAACUGUAACGAGGUAGAUGGGCGCUGUACCCGUGGCUGUCAGGACAAGUGGAGUGGAACAUUGUGUAAAGAGUGCAGUAACUUCUGGUUUGGUGGCCGAUGUGACAUGAGGUGUAAAUGUAAGGAUCGUUAUGAAGUUUGUGUCAAGAAGACAGGUCAGUGUGUCUCUGGGUGUGAAGAUGGACGGACAGGACUGGACUGUCAAACACCAUGUCCCAGAGGACGCUAUGGCUUCCAGUGUGGAGGUGUGUGUGGCCAGUGUAAGGGAGGUAACCAAAGAUGCAAUAGAACAGACGGGAGCUGUGAGAAGGGUUGUAAAGAGAAGUGGCAGGGAGAUCGGUGUGACGUAUGCGAGGCCGGCAGUUACGGCCUGAGGUGUGAAGGGCGGUGUGGUCAGUGUGCAGGUGGUCACAAGAACUGCAGUCCCUACAACGGCUCCUGUCACCUUGGUUGUGAGGGCAACUGGAGAGGAAGUCGUUGUGGAGAGUGUACGGACCGUUUCUAUGGGGCUCAGUGCAACUCUAGGUGUGGCCAGUGUCGUGGUAACGCCAUCUGCAGCAAAACGUCAGGCGAAUGCCCGGAUGGAUGUGAACCAGGAUGGCAAGGGAUGACAUGUCACCAAGAAUGUGACGAAGGCAGAUAUGGUGCCGGGUGUUCUGAGACUUGUGGUCAGUGUGCAGGGAAGUGCAGCCCUGUAAACGGAACAUGUGAUCAGCAGGGUUGCAGUGAUGGGUGGAUGGGGCAGAGAUGUGACGAAGCAUGUACAGACGGUACCUUUGGUCUAAACUGCGGACAACCCUGUGGUCAGUGUCUGGCUGGACAUGUGUGUGGCAAGGUGACAGGACAGUGUCCGGGUUCGAGGUGUGAGAGAGGAUGGAUGGGACUUCAAUGUGGAACAGCCUGCAACGACACUGGCCUCUACGGCUACAACUGCAACGAGACAUGUGGGAUGUGUCUCGGGGAGGACUGCCACCCCAUCACAGGAGAGUGUUCCCGAGGGUGCAGGCCCAAGUAUGUUGGACCGACGUGUCAUCUGAGAGAAUGUGACGAAGGCAGAUAUGGUGCCGGGUGUUCUGAGACUUGUGGUCAGUGUGCAGGGAAGUGCAGCCCUGUAAACGGAACAUGUGAUCAGGAGGGUUGCAGUGAUGGGUGGAUGGGGCAGAGAUGUGACGAAGCAUGUACAGACGGUACCUUUGGUCUAAACUGCGGACAACGCUGUGGUCAGUGUCUGGCUGGACAUGUGUGUGGCAAGGUGACAGGACAGUGUCCGGGUUCGAGGUGUGAGAGAGGAUGGAUGGGACUUCAAUGUGGAACAGCCUGCAACGACACUGGCCUCUACGGCUACAACUGCAACGAGACAUGUGGGAUGUGUCUCGGGGAGGACUGCCACCCCAUCACAGGAGAGUGUUCCCGAGGGUGCAGGCCCAAGUAUGUUGGACCGACGUGUCAUCUGAGAGAAUGUGACGAAGGCAGAUAUGGUGACGGGUGUUCUGAGAUUUGUGGUCAGUGUGCAGGGAAGUGCAGCCCUGUUACCGGAACAUGUGAUCAGGAGGGUUGCAGUGAUGGGUGGAUGGGGCAGAGAUGUGACGAAGCGUGUCAGGACGGGACCUACGGCUUCAACUGUACAUCCAGGUGUGGGAGAUGUCAGGGAGGAGUGCCAUGUGACAAGAUAGGAGGAUACUGUGCCAAGUGUGAUCCAGGAUUCACGACCCCGCUCUGUAAACAGUGCAGUAACUUCUGGUUUGGUGGCCAAUGUGACAUGAAGUGUAAAUGUAAGGAUACUUAUGAAGCGUGUGACAAGAAGACAGGUCAGUGUGUCUCUGGGUGUGAAGAUGGAUGGACAGGACUGGACUGUCAAACACGAUGUUCCAGAGGACGCUAUGGCUUCCAGUGUGGAGGUGUGUGUGGCCAGUGUAAGGGAGGUAACCCCAGAUGCAAUAGAACAGACGGGAGAUGUAAGACCGGUUGUAAAGAGAAGUGGCAGGGAGAUCGGUGUGACGAGUGCAGAGAUGGUCACUUCGGAGUCGACUGUACCCAGUCCUGUCUCUGCCUGAAUGUAACGGAGAUCUGUGACAAGACCACGGGGGAGUGCAGGAGCGGCUGUGAGGCAGGCAGAACAGGGAGGGGCUGUCAGCGAUUAUGCGAGUCCGGCAGUUACGGCCUGAAGUGUGAAGGGCGGUGUGGUCAGUGUGCAGGUGGUCACAAGAACUGCAGUCCCUACAACGGCUCCUGUCACCUUGGUUGUGAGGGCAACUGGGGAGGAAGUCGUUGUGGAGAGUGUACGGACCGUUUCUAUGGGGCUCAGUGCAACUCUAGCUGUGGCCAGUGUCGUGGUAGCGCCAUCUGCAGCAAAACGUCAGGCGACUGCCCGGAUGGAUGUGAACCAGGAUGGCAAGGGAUGACAUGUCACCAAGAAUGUGACGAAGGCAGAUAUGGUGCCGGGUGUUCUGAGACUUGUGACCAGUGUGCAGGGAAGUGCAGCCCUGUUGCCGGAACAUGUGAUCAGGAGGGUUGCAGUGAUGGGUGGAUGGGGCAGAGAUGUGACGUAGCGUGUCAGGACGGGACCUACGGCUUCAACUGUACAUCCAGGUGUGGGAGAUGUCAGGGAGGAGUGCCAUGUGACAAGAUAGGAGGAGAGUGUGCCAAGUGUGAUCCAGGAUUCAUGACCCUGCUCUGUAAACAGUGCAGUAACUUCUGGUUUGGUGGCCGAUGUGACAUGAAGUGUAAAUGUAAGGAUCCUGAUGAAGUUUGUGUCAAGAAGACAGGUCAAUGUGUCUCUGGGUGUGAAGACGGAUGGACAGGACUGGACUGUCAAACACCAUGUCCUAGAGGACGCUAUGGCUUCCAGUGUGGAGAUGUGUGUGGCCAGUGUAAGGGAGGUAACCCCAGAUGCAAUAGAACAGACGGGAGAUGUAGGACCGGUUGUAAAGAGAAGUGGCAGGGAGAUCGGUGUGACGAGUGCAGAGAUGGUCACUUCGGAGUCGACUGUACCCAGUCCUGUCUCUGCCUGACUGUGACGGAGAUCUGUGACAAGACCACGGGGGAGUGCAGGAGCGGCUGUGAGGCAGGCAGAACAGGGAGGGGCUGUCAGCGAUUAUGCGAGUCCGGCAGUUACGGCCUGAAGUGUGAAGGGCGGUGUGGUCAGUGUGCAGGUGGUCACAAGAACUGCAGUCCCUACAACGGCUCCUGUCACCUUGGUUGUGAGGGCAACUGGGGAGGAAGUCGUUGUGGAGAGUGUACGGACCGUUUCUAUGGGGCUCAGUGCAACUCUAGAUGUGGCCAGUGUCGUGGUAACGCCAUCUGCAGCAAAACAUCAGGCGACUGCCUGGAUGGAUGUGAACCAGGAUGGCAAGGGAUGACAUGUCACCAAGAAUGUGACGAAGGCAGAUAUGGUGACGGGUGUUCUGAGACUUGUGGUCAGUGUGCAGGGAAGUGCAGCCCUGUUACCGGAACAUGUGAUCAGGAGGGUUGCAGUGAUGGUUGGAUGGGGCAGAGAUGUGACGAAGCAUGUACAGACGGUACCUUUGGUCUUAACUGCGGACAACCCUGUGGUCAGUGUCUGGCUGGACAUGUGUGUGACAAGGUGACAGGACAAUGUCCGGGUUCGAGGUGUGAGAGAGGAUGGAUGGGACGUCAAUGUGGAACAGCCUGCAACGGCACUGGCUUCUACGGCUACAACUGCAACGAGACAUGUGGGAUGUGUCUCGGGGAGGACUGCCACCCCAUCACAGGAGAGUGUCCACUUGGGUGCAGACCAAAGUAUGUGGGUGCGACGUAUAAUCUGAAAGGUAUCAGGAAUUCUGACUCCCAACUUAUAAUUCCUGUGGUGGGAUCCUGUGUAGCAAUAAUAAUCAUCAUCAUCGCAGGAAAUGUUGCUGUAACAAUGUACAUCCUCAGGAGGCGUAGAGUCAGACAAGGGGAGACAACUCUGGGUGAUCUUGAAUGCGUCAGUCUCGGCAGACUAGGGGAAGGACAGAAGGAAGGAGCGGACGUGGACGUGACACCUCCAAUCUACCAGAACACCGCGACGGGCAUAUACGAGGACCUGGACAUCACACCAGACCACAUCUAUGAAGAUCCUGCCACCAUCGGUGGAUCACUGGCUGAAACACCCGCACUUAACAUUACGAAAUAGACGUGCAUGUGUAUUAAUACCGGCAUAGAACAGUAACCAUUCGACUUCAACACAAAACGGGGCGGUCAGGUAGCCUAGUGGUUAAAGCGUUCGCUCGUCACGCCGAAGACCCGGGUUCGAUUCCCGACAUGGGUACAAUGUGUGAAGCCCAUUUCUGGUGUCCCCCGCCGUGAUAUUGCUGGAAUAUUGCUAAAAGCGGCGUAAAACCAUACUCACUCACUCACUUCAACACAAAACGAAUUACCACCUUAAUAUGAAUAUGACACCUUUUGUUACAAAGCACGACGAAAACAAGCUUGUGACAAACCGGGGGAUCUCACGGACACACGCAUACACACACACGCACGCACGCACUCACACACACACGCACGCACGCACGCACGCACGCACGCACACAUACUCAAACAUGUACAUUAUACACUUAUGUACGUCACUAUAUUAGUGCUAUAUUGAACGCGACGUUAAACCCCAUUUCACCUCUCCCCCUUGUCCUCCUUAACGUAGAUUGUCUUGGCGCUGAGAUCCCGAUCUAUUGGAUACUGGGACCGAUCUAUGAUGAAAAUUUCAGGCACCCAGCUACCUCCAGGCCGCCGUGUUGAAGCAGAAAUAUUGCUGACUGUGGCAAUGAACAACACCUACAUGUAUAUAUAUUUUCUCUCAUUGCUUAUUCUUAUUGCAUUAAGCACGUGAAGCUUUCCUCGAUUGUUGUCAACAGACUGCUUCUAGCGAAUAAGAUCUAGGCUUGUGGUGGCAGUCAUCCCGAGUGUAUCUUGCUAAUAUAUGCAAUUUAUUGGUUCUAUUCUAUUUGUAAAAAAGAUGAUACUUGUUUUACACUGCCUGGCUCUGCGCAUUGAGGGACUGGUCUGGUCGGCUCGGAGUCGGUAUACUGUGUGUGAGUGGGGUAUUCAUGUUAAACUGCGGCAUGGUAUCUCAAUAAGGUAACACUAGAAAGCCAGCAUUAGUCCGGACUAUUACAAGCAAACAACCACACACACAUUUUAGGAGUCCGACUUAAAAUAACACCUUUUAAACCUCAGUAUUAUCGGAUUCGGGUUAGAAGAGCCUUCAGCAAACCAUGCUUGUCGUAAGAGGCGACUAACGGGAUCGGGUGGUCAGGCUCGGUGACUUGGUUAAUGCAUGUCGUCGUGUUCCAAUAGCGUGCACCGAUACUCAUGAUAUCAAUCACUGGACUGUCUGGUCCAGACUCGAUUAUUUACAGACCGCCUUCAUACAGCUGGAAUAUUGCUGAGGGCAGCGUUAAACAACAAACAAACAAAUAGGAGAGGGAAGGUAAUUCAAAGCUGUCACAUAGCUUUACAUCCACGAGUCAUACUUUAACGCAAUCACUGGUAUUAGCAAGGCAAAACUACAUAUCCUACAUUAAUAGUGUAUCAGCAAAGAAUGUGGAAUUCUGGGUGUAUUUAGACGCACCCAAUAUGAAAAGCAUGCUCAAUAAUCAUAUUAUCAUAAUCAUCUUUUGUGGGUAGUUGUUUGAUCAUACAAAGGUAGAUAACUCCUGUUGGCCAGAUUGCAGAUGCAUGCCGUUGUGUAUGACGUCAGAGAAUAAACGUAUCCAUUGAUGUAGGAAUUGACACAAUGGAAAUGCUUUUCAAACAUGACAAUAAUAAUAAAUGAUUCUAACCGUAGCCAUUGAUCUUUAAUUUUAUUAAGCUCUUGGUUCAUAUAUCAAGGCAAGAUCGGGUUUAUUCUGUCACUAAUAUCUGCAGUCAAAUUAAUACAGCACAUCCUUUAAGUAAAAAGACCAUGUGCACGAACUGAAUUGUCGCCUAAUGUUGCAACAGAUAGGCUAGGAAUGUCAUCAACAAACUCCGCCAAUGUUCCCCGUUCAUUAUGUACAUUUAUAUAUAUUUGUAUGAGGCAUUUGUAACGUGUUUCUCGAACAUUUUUGUCGUCAUUUUCCCUUUCAGCAAUUAUGUUGCAUGAAGUUUAAUUCUUUGUGUAUUUGUUUUGUUUUCACUCAUUUCUCUGCCCGUUUACAUAAUUUGUUUAUUGUGUUUGCUUUGACCAUAACUUUGUAAUUCUUUUGUUGUAUGUUCUGUAGUAUUUAAUGCAUUAUUGUUAUAUAGGACUGUCGAUGCUUUGCCCAAUUGCAAAUUGUUUCAUUUAUGGUAAAAGACAUGAUUUUUCUCCUCAUAUUUUCAAUGAUAACAGUUUUCAAACGCUUAUAUGUCUUUUUCGUUGUGCAUUCUAAUUGAUAACUAUCCAUAUUGAUUGAAAGUUACUUGUAUUAUCUGUAUACGUUCACUUUCGUACAAAAGAAAAUAAAUUUCCAGAAAAUG